GUCGCCCUUGCCUUUCCCACAGGGCGGCCAUGUUGGAUGUGGUAUUGUUGUGUGUGUGUAUGUAUGUGUGAAUGUGAAAAAGAAGGGAGUGAGGGGGAAAGGGGCUGCUGAUUUCAGGCCCAGGGGUUUUAUUGUGGGGGACCCUCCAUGCUCUGCCCAUGCUGUAUGUAAAAGGGGAGAGUCCCCACAAAUCAGGAGAUCACAUUAGGAGCAAGGUCCAUAGAGGAAGCGAGGAGCAGGGCAAACGCUGUGAUUUAUCUGCUCCCUGGGACUGGGGGUGUCUGUGACCCCCAACACAUGCAUGCUGUGUACCCCCUGCCAACACAGCCCCAAACAGUGCUCCCUGGCUGGUCACACCCUGCACUGGGGGUCUCAGGGCUUGCAGGUCACACAGCAUAGCACUCAGGGGCUGGGGGGCUUUCUACUGGCUGCUUUAGGUCCAGGUCUUCCAAGUACUUAAACUGGAGGAUGCUGGGAUGUGAUGGUGGUGGGCUAGGGGUUGUGAUGGUGGUGGGCUAGGGCUGUGGGGAGGGGGGGGCUUGCAAGUGGACUCAGUACGUGAUACCGUAAUAUAGGAUUCCAGUUCUGAUCAUGGUAAUACAGAACCAAAAUCAGGGCCGAUCAGCAGCGGAGAGCAGGUCAGUGGCCCCCGUGGAGUGUGGGAACGCUGGGACUUUAAUGCUGUGAAAUCAAUUUGGUAAACUGCGAAUGGUGGGGGAAAUUGACAAGGGAACUGUAACUUUUAAGACCAAAAUUUAGGGAAAUAACCAAGUAGAGUUUUUGCCUGUUCAGCUAUUUUGCGUUACAAAUUGCAGUUUCCAUAUCGAUUCUUCACAACUUUCUUUUACGUAAAUGAACCUCUGUGAAAUAUUUCACAUAGAAAGCCGGUUGCAUAUGUACAAAAUGUUACCCAGCAGGCGGGCGGUCUGUACGCUUCCCUUACUUUGGACUGUUUUGGUUAAGGAAUCUCUUUUUAUAGUUUAUUGAAGGUCGUUCUAUACAAGGCGAAGACAAGGAAGGAAGGUUUAUAUUCCUGCCUCUGUGUAACUCUAUGUAUUCCUACACCAUAUAUCCUCUUAGCCACCAACAGUGACUGUAGAAGAGGUUAUUGAUCUUUGGAUCAGCCUUUAUGAAUUGACAGUUAAUUACUUUGUGUGUGGUGGUGUCUGUCAUGUGACAGAACAGUCUUUUUGGGGAAGAUAUGGCAGGGUCUUGCACACACUGUAUUGUCCAACAUUAGAUUGUAAGCUGGUUUGAACAGGGCCUCCUUCACCUCCUCUUCCCAGUACGUCAUACUUUGUUAGAAUUAAAUGUUUGUUUAUCUUGGACAGCGCAGCGGAAUAUGUUGGCGCUAUAUCAAUAAUUGUAAUUAUUGGUAACCUCCUUCUCUUACCCUCCAGGAGUGGGCGCAGCUGAGACAUUGCUUGGCCCGUUGGGAGAUGUCUGGGAAGAAUCUGGGGGCUGCGCGGCGCAGGCGGACGCGCUGCCGAAGGUGCGAGGCCUGUGUGCGCAGUGAAUGUGGAGAGUGUCAUUUCUGUAAGGACAUGAAGAAGUUUGGAGGUCCUGGGCGCAUGAAACAGUCCUGUCUAAAGAGGCAAUGCACAGCGGUAAGAGUGGUGGCGGAGUAUGGUGAGGCGUAUUUAGAGUGGGCGAUUCAUUUGAUAUAGCAGGGUGGGUAGACUGACAAAAAGUGGGCUGUUGGGGGUCUUGUAUAAUGAAUGAGGAAGGGGCACUGGAUAGCUGCCAAUAAUGACACCAUGUGAGAAGGCUGAUGGUGAAUAAGACAAGGUAUGUUGAGUAAGGGGUAUUUAAUGGCAGCAAACAGUAAAUCUAGAGGAUUGCACAGCAAGGAAGAUGGAUUUUGGGUAAAAGUGGUGAUUGUUUGUAUAUUGGGGGAGAAGGUAUAUAUGUAGAUUUGAGUGAGUGUAAAUGAAUGAGGGAAUAUUGGGCCAGAGAAAGGAUGUUGACACAUGUACUCUGCCUUGCAGCCUGUACUUCCACACACAGCGGUGUGCCUCCUGUGCGGGGACGCAGGGAAGGAAGACACUGCCCAGGAUGAAGAUCAGAAGUUCAACCUGUCCCUCAUGGAAUGUACUAUUUGUAAUGAGAUUGUCCACCCUGGCUGUAUAAAGGUGUGUCCAUGCUGUUCUUUCUUCCUGCCUGCGUGUGAUCAGCUGCAUCAUUUAGGUGUUGCGCAUCCAUUGAGGUUUUUCUUAUCGUUUCCCUUUUACUCGUUCUUCCUUCCUGUAGAUGGGAAAGACUGAAGCGGUCAUUAAUACGGAGAUCCCGAACUGCUGGGAGUGUCCCAGGUGUAAACGUGAAGGUCGUACAAGCAAGGUAUAGUCCAAUCUCUUAAGGUCAUGAAUGAACUCAUACUUUGAAGGGAAAGAGUUUAAUUCCAUUUGUCAUGCUUCAAACGUCAUGCUUAUGCUGGCUAUUAUUUUGUUUUCACUUGUAAAGAAAUCUAAAAUGAAAUUUAAUGAAUGCAUCACAUUUAGCCUUAUCAUUACCCAUCACCUUCCCAUAACUGGGAUAGUAGCAUUUUUUUUGCCUUACCUAGUACAGCUGUUUUGUUUUACUGUUCGUUGUACUUACUAUAGAUGAGUAUUGGCAGAUAUUCUUUUUGGGGGGACAAUUUUGAUAAGAAACUUUCUAAAAAUACCUUCAGGCUCUUUUCUCAUAAACAGGAUAUUAGUUAAGGAAUAUCCCAUGCACCAUAACCACUACAGUGUGCAGUUAUGCUCAUGGCUCCAGGAUUCCUUUUACCAUUUUAGAAUUUUUGACCUCUUACGUGGAGUCUGCCCAGCGCAGCUCCCGAUCUUUAAUAUAAUCUUCUCUUGACAGAAGUCCUGUCUGAGCUAAGCUAGGCAGUGAGCCAACUCUCUUAGCCAAUGAGCUCGCUCGCGACGACUAUUGGAAGCUCCUCAGCAGGAGUUAACCGUUCUCGUAAAGCUACAGAGAUGCUGGGAGCAGCGACAUUCUAAAAGGGUUUUAUCACUUUUUCAUAUAUGUAAGAACACUAUUAUGUGUUUUUAAAGGAACACUACAGUCACCUAAACAACUAUAGCUUAAUGAAGCAGUUUUGGUGUAUAGAUCAUGCCCCUCAGGUUUCACUGCUCAAUUCACUGCCAUUUAGGCGUUAAAUUACUUUGUUUCUGUUUAUGCAGCCCUUGUCACACCUCUCCUGGCUAUGAUUGACAGAGCUUGCAUGAAAAAAAAAACUGGUUUCACUUUUAAUCAGAUGGAAUUUACCUUAAACUAUUUUAUGUAUUGCUCUGUAAAUUGAACUUUAAUCACAUACAGGAGGCUCUUGCAAGGUCUAGCACGCUAUUAACAUAAUAGGGCAUUAUUCAAUCUAAAUUAAACAGAACUUGCAAUAAAGGAAGGAUAAAUUGUAGAUGACUCUUUACAGGAAGUGUUUAGGGAGGCUGUGCAAGUUACAUGCAGGGAGGUGUGACUAGGGUUCAUAAACAAAGUAAUUUAACUGCUAAAUGCCAGAGAAUUGAGCAGUGAGACUGCAGGGGUGUGAUCUAUUCACCAAAAAUGCUUCAUUAAGCUAAAGUUGUUUUGGUGACUAUAGUGUCCCUUUACGUGUUUAUGCUGCUUGGCUAAUAUAUCAAAACCAUAAAUACUGCAUGUAGUAUAAUCGCUUACUACUUUAAUAUGUAAUCAGAGAUGUGGAAUUUAUAUCGUCCGACACCUGGGACAUGCAGUUCUGAGUGUCGGGCAGGAAGAUUUAAUAUAAAAAAAAAAUAAAAAAAUUAUUUUAGCCCUGCUGUUGUCAAGUGUCAGGGCUGCAUUGAGGGUGGAUUAGUGUUGGGCAGGGAAUGCAUUUCUGGCAGUAGGAAAGCCGGACUGCCCACCCAGGAACGACUUACCGCAACUCACUGGUGGCUCACAGGGAGAUAUGAGGAGCGGCAGCCAGCCACUCGUCACGAUGCUCAGGCCAAAUGGCCACCAGGAUUCAGUGUGACGUCAUGCUGUUAGUGGGCAGAGACGGCAUUCGACAGGUUGCACAUCCACUGAAUACCAGCUGCUAGUAAUCUGUGGUGUGUGUGUGUGUGUGUGUGUGUUUCAGAGAGCGUAAAUGAAAAAUAUGAUACAGUACCUAAUGUGAACUUUCUGAUAUCCCUAAAUACAGUUCUAAUCUAUUUAUACAUUUGCUGUUCUGAUUUGAUUUGUGCAUUGAUUCACAUGUUUAAAUGCUAAGAAUGUUUUGCUUAUUCUUACGAUGGGAUGUUUGGCAUAGUGAAAGGGAAAACAGACUUGCUACGAAGGAUUUUAAUAUUGUUUCCAUAUGAUAGUGCUGUGAGUAAUAAUGUUGUAUCAUUUUAAGUAAUGUGUAUAUUUAGCACAUCUUCAAAAUAGGAUACACAUUGAGGUAACAGGUUUGCUUAAAGUUAACACUACAGUGUUUUUAGGAAUACAAAAAUGUGUUCUUAACCUUAUAGGGUCCUAUUGCUCCCCCCCCAAAGCAAAUAAAGGGUUAAAAAAAACACAAAAAAAAAACAUUUUCACUUACCUGAUUCCUCCUGCACACUGGCAUUUUUAAACAUGUAUAUAAAAUGUGUGGAGUUAUAGGUAAAAAAAUAAAAUAAAAAUGCAGAAUCAUAUACUUUCUGGGAUGUGUGUAGGUUUCUCCCUUGAAGAGACACUAUAGGCACCACAAACGCUGCAGCUUAAAGUUUUGGAUCUGGGGCAUAUAGCCUGUCCCUGCUGGCUGAGCAGUGUAAACGGCGUCACUCUGACAGCCGCCAAAGAGUCCUUCAAACAUUGUUCAGCGCUAGAGUUAAUGUAUCUCUUUAAAGGGAUGCUUCUGAAAUAACCAGGAGCUGUAUGUGGGGUUCCCAACUUGAAAUAUCUCUGGGUUUCAUUUUACAGGACUCAUUGGACGGUUCUGGCAAACGGAGGUUAGAUAACGGAGAGGAUACCGUGCGGUGGAAAUUGACUGACGACUCAGCUCCUUCCAAGAAGAAACCAUCAGAAGACAAUCCAGGAUACAAGCGAAAGAAAGAAAAGGAGCCUCCACCUGAUCCAGGGGUUAAGAAAAAGGUAGUGAUCCCACGACUGCCACCAGUAUCCACCAAUGGCUAUUCACAGUGACAUGGAAUCUGUUGCUUGCUAGUCGUAUACAACUUCAUAUUCUGCAUGUUCUGAUUCAUCCUCCCUGCAGCGCUCUCUGCUUGUUGCAUUCUUAUUUGCUCUCCCCCAUCCUGCUUUGUCUCUUAUGUCAGGGAAGUCUGUGUACACCAUAAAUCAUUCCCCCUGAUGGCUCUCAUGCUAGGUUUUUGGUUUUUGUUUUUUAUUCCCCCCUCCCCGAUAUCAACACUUUGUGUGUUUUUUUUUUUUAUUAAAAUUUUUUAAGAUUUUUUUUUUUUUUCUUCACCUUACAGGUGAAAGUCGAGAAGGACAAAAAAAUUAAAAAGGUUAGUGAGCGUGUUUGAAAACUGGUAACCUGUGUCUGUUAUUGCCUUGCUGAUUUCGUUUAUCCUCACAGUAUUUAUUAUAAACCAGAGUAGAAAUGCAGAGGGCACGCAAAAGCGUGAAAGGCCUCUGCGCACCAAAACCACUGUCUUGAUGUAGUGGCUUUAGUGCAUAGAUGCCGUUUACCUUCUCUGUAAGCUAAAACAUUACUGUUUAAGAGAAACGACAAUCUUUAAUAGUUUGCGUUAUAUAUUUGAGGUAUUAAAUACAAUAAUACAGCUUUGAACUCCAUAUCAUUAUUCUGCAAGUUUGCGUCUCCAUGUUGCUCCCUCUCAAUCAUUGCUAUAAGCUCUGUCCUUUCUACCAAUCAGUCGCCAUAGAGAAAGUGUACAGUAGGGAAAAAUGAAACAAUAUUUCUUCUUCUCGUCUCCAAAUGCAGUGUGUGCCUUCACUGAUCUGGAUUGUAAUUUGCAAACGUUUUAAUAUAAAUGUAAAAGAAUAUCCCAGCGAGUUCUAGGUGAUAUCCAAUGGUGUAAUUUCCAUUGAAGUGGCAGUUCUCCUUUAAAUUCAGUUUUUUGUUAUUCCAUUACAGAAAGAAGCAAGCGAUACAAUUUCUGUAUUGCUAUGGUAACCCACCCAGUCAUCCAGGACUCCCACUAGUGUACAAUUUGGGUAUUUCCUAGUUCUCAUCCAUCGGGAUAUUAAUAAAUGCCCAACUGUCGGGACCUUGUGAUCAAUGUUUUUGGUAUAUUGGUAUAUUGGUGCAGUCCCAGCCACAAGGGCAGCCCAGGUUUGUAAUUCCCAAGAGGGCCCAUCUGUAAGAGUAGCCCCCGACCGUGGCUUAGUCUAUCAGUUUGGCCGAUACCCUCUAAUCACAGCAGGGAGUGUUCAUUCAGAUUGCCAGCAGUGCUUUAUCAAAAAACACUUUCAUCCCAUAGAGCUUCCAUCUAAGAUAUGUCCUACUAUACGCGAUGAACAAUUUUAUUCUACACUCUGUUAUCAAAUGAUGUGGGCAAAGUAUUUUUAUUUGGCAAAUAUGCAAGAUUCCACAACAAAAUUAAUGAGAAUUAUAUAAGAAUUAUAAAAAACCAAAAACAAAAAAACAAAAAAAACUUUCAUUCCCCAAAAUUAGUGUACUUAUAGAAAUAUUGCCAGGGCCAAAGACAAUAUACCAUGGACAUGCUGCCAUGUUUGUCAGUGUUGCUGCAGAGUGUCCAAGGAUUUAGGGGCAGGAGUUUUUUUUAAUUCUUUGCCUAAGCAUGCUUGCCCUUUCCACACUCCUGUUUUUUGCUGGUAAUCUGAACCAUGGUCCUAUGGAGGAGAGCAGAGGAUUUUGUUUAAUGAUGCCUUGAGAUCUCUGAUGUAAUUUAUUUAUUUAUUUAUUUUCUACUCUCCUCAUUUCCUCUUUCUCUUUCCUUUGCUGUUUCUGGAUUCCCCUAAAGGAGCCACAGGUCCCAGCUGAACCCAUCCCACCUUCCGACCGUUCUCACCAGCGAGAGAAGAUUGAACGGUUCAAACAGAUGUGCCAGAUGCUGGAACGAGGACGCAGCAGUACCUCCAGUUCUAGUUCAGACUCUGACUCGGACUCCGACUCAAAAGGCUCCCGGGGCAGCAGUGACACCGGAGAAGGGGGGGAGGGUCGGGAUUCUCGAAUCAGCUUUAGCACCAGCUCAGAGGAUGAAGAGGAGGGAGGGGGAUCCGCUGCAGUGGGUGAUGGACAAAAUGGGGCAAAAAAUGGAAAGCAGAAGUCACCCCGGAGCAAUGUCAGGGAAAAGGAAAACAGGAGAGGUGCUGGGGCCAGAAAGGGACCUGGUGGUAGGAAUAAUAUAGGACAAACCGUAUCGCGGAGUCAACUUCUAAAGAGGCCUCUGGUCCCAUCUCCACCCAAGCCACCUCCCCUUCAGCUGGAGCGGCAUGUGGUACGUCCCCCUCCCCACAGCCCUGAGCCAGACUCUCUGCCAUUGGACAAUGGGGCAGAUCAUGUGAUGCAGAGGGCAGUCUGGCUGUCUGUUUUCAGACACUUGGGACAAAAGGAACUUUGUGUCUGCAUGCGGGUUUGCCGGACCUGGAGCCGAUGGUGAGAGGGGGCAUAAAGGGCAAGUGGUGGGAGUGCUGGCUUCAUAAUGGGGCUUUAAAAUGGGGUGAGGAGAAAUGUGAAAAAUCUGUGAUCCCAGAUUCACAAUUUUAAUAUCACCAUUUGUAGAAUUAUUAUUCUUGUGUGGAGGACAGAGCUGCAUCAUUUAAUGUGCUGCGUACGUAUAAAUGAUUUAGUUCUAAAAGUAAAUAUCCUUUUAUUUGCAAUUUGUGACAGGUGUUGUGACCGCCACCUAUGGACUUCCAUUGACCUGAGCCGUAGAAAAUCAAUCACACCCCCAAUGCUAAGUGGGAUAGUCCGGCGACAACCAAUCAGGCUAGAUCUUAGUUGGACCAACAUAUCAGAGAAGCAACUGACCUGGCUAAUCCAUCGAUUACAGGGUGAGGAAUGAAGACUCCUGUUAAUGAGUCUCUAAAGUGCAGAGAUUGUGUGGGGCUGUGAUUUAAGGUUGUCCAACAAAUACAUAAGUGUUCAUUCACUAAAUACUGAAUUUCAAAAUACUACCAAGCUAUCUGCGGCUGUAGCUGAAUUAUUCCAAAUACACAAUUUUUUCUUCAGUCUUGAAAUGGGGUUUUCAGUUCACUACAAUUCAAUGUCCUCUGAAUAAACUUCAUAGUGGGAGAUUGGAGGCUUUGUGGACAUGAUGUUAUAUAAAAGAAGGGUUCAGGGAAUUCUGCACAUAGGUCUACAGUCUGAAUUCCAGCAGGGUUAGUGGAUGCAUGGAGGGUAGAGAUGGUUAAUGGAAAGGAUGUAUUGACGGCAUUGCUUUAGAUCCGCUGACUGGAUGGUGGUGGAGGUAGGAUUGUGUUGGGGGCUAUGGUCCAUUGUUAAUGUUAUACGUAAGUGAAGCAUUUUUUUUCUGGGUAGAUCUUAGUCUGCAUAAAAAAUAUAUUUAUUUGUCACAGGUCUAAAGGAACUUUUGGUUGCUGGCUGCACGUGGGGUGCAGUGUCCUCCCUCUGUACAGCUUCCUUUCCCGGCCUGUCUCUACUGGAUAUGGGCUGGGUCCAGGGAAUGAAAACUUCCCAUCUCCGUGAGCUGCUGUCUCCUUUCUCCUCUGACUGUAAAGCAGGUGAGGUGCUUUUGAAUGGGGCAAAAUAGUCACACGCCAAUCACCUGCGAUCCUGAUAUAGUACAAAGGGGAGGGUCUGAUAGGCGAUGAAGUUAAUUUGGGGGGUCUUUGGAGGUAAUGAGCUUACAGAAUAUAAAGUGUUUGCUAAACCCGAGUGGUUAUACUGAUGGUGAACUCUCAUCCAUUAGUUGUGUCAGACCCCCGGGGUCGGUUCUCCUCUCUGUCGGAGUUGCGUCUCUGUGGUCUGGAGUUAGGAGAUUCCGCCCUGCGUCUAUUGCUCCGUUACACUCCGCGGCUAAAUCGUCUGGACCUGAGUCACUGUGUUCAGCUAAGUGAUCACGGAAUCCACAUUCUAACCGCAGCCACCUCACCCCUGAGAGAUAGCCUCACCCACCUCAACCUUACCGGUAACUCUGCUUAAUUGUCUGCCUCACCCACCCCAACCUCACUGGUGACCCUAUCUUCUUCACCCACCUUGACCUUACUGGUAACUCUGCUUCCAUCACCCACCCCAGCCUCACUGGUAAUUCUUUCUUCAAUCACCAUUGUUCUGUACUUUCACACUUUUUUUUUCCUCCUCUCUUCUUGUAUAGUUAUGUUCUUCCCCUUCCUGCAUUUUUUUCCCCCCUUGCAUACUGUUUCUGUCUGCACCUUAACUAUAUCUUAUUGCUUCACUAUGCUCAAUCUUCUAUUAUACUCAUCUAGUAACUAAUCUCCACCUCUACCCUUAGGAUGUCAUCGCUUGAUGGACCAAUCUUUGGCAUUCUUUAAACGAUGCCCACGGCUGAAGCAUGUCGACCUGCGCUCCUGUCGGCUUCUCACCCAUGAGGGUUUCCAACGGCUGCUACAAGAUCCGCCCUCUGAACCGGACGGAAAACCCUUCCAAUGUGUGGAGGACCAAGUGCUGACCCGGGAGAGCUAGCGGUGGGAGAUGUGGAAACCUCUGCGAAAGCACUACUGCCCCUUCUUGGGGCAACUCUACUGUAUCUGCCUCCUCUACCUACCUGGCAUUUGGCUUGGGUUUUGGCAAGGAGGGUGCACUGAAGACCCCAAGUUUAACUGUUGACAUAUCAGGGAGAAGCGGCAAAGAACUGCAGCCAACUCUGGUAUGGACCUGUUAAUGGGGGUAAAAGGAACUUCCUACUAGCUCACUCCACGGUUUGGGGUGUGGACACCCCUCAUCACUGAAUGAAAGGGUUCCGGACAGUUUUAAGCAACCUUUGUGACAGGUCACGAACGGCCUCUAGUGUAACAUUAUCAUCUCUGCCCCUACGAUCUGCUUAUCACAGUAAUCAGGCGUUUAAACAUAUGCAUUGCAAGUGAGGGUGCAGCACACUCCAGGUGAAGGGGGUGGGUGAAGGUUGUCGAUAAGGUUUCUAUCAGUUCUCUUUGGACCUGUUUUUUUUAUUAUGCUGUUGUGGGUGGGCUAGGUGGGAUAAUGCACUGCAGGGUGAGAACAGGGAAUAUGAUCUAUCAGGGUGAUGCCCUGCAAGGGUUAACAGGUUUACGGGGACAUUACGGGGAAGAUUUAGAUGGUACGACACACGCAGGGCUUGGGAGGUUAUUUUAUUGACUGACCGAAACAAGGCUGACAAUGCUUUGCAGAGCAAGGCACCUGCAGAUUCUUCCAGUACGAAAGAAGAAUAAUUCUCAUCUUACUGAAAACCACGACUCAGAGUAUCUUUUCUACCCUAACUCUCGCUUUCAUAUUACCACAUCCAGCUGACUUGGCAAUAGGGCUAGCUGUGGGUUACUGUGUGGUUGGAUACUCUGUCUCGUUAUACAGCACCAUUUUCAUUCCCUCGGGGGCGGGUUAAUUAUUAAGUCUUUUUGGCCGGUUCUGGGAUAAGGCUUAAAAAGCAAAUCUGUGCAGCUACUAUAGGGGGGAGGGGGAGAGCAGGUCUCUGCAGCAGGAAGGGGUCAGUGGAGAUUUCCUGAUUAAUGGUUGGGCUGCAAUACCCAUCACCCAGCUAGCCACUCCUGCUGUAGAUCGGGUAAUGAUUUUUUUUUUUUUUCCUUUUACCUUUUACGUGGCGUUCUGACACAGCUGGUUUAUGUUUUGUCACUUUGCUCGGUACUCUCACAACAGGCACAUAUUGUAUUUUAACCUCCUCCCCUUCCCCGCCGCUGGUUAUUGCGGUUUCUGAUUUAAUGAUCUGCUCUGUUAUUUUGUUUUUUUAUUUUAUAUAAACGUGUUUUUGUUUUGUUUUUUCUUCUU